CAAAAUGGCAAUCUUUCCUACAGUCUCCCAAAUCUUGAGUGGUUUGUGCCUCGCCACGGUCGCACUUGGUAGUCCAUGGCCUCCUUCCAUCAACUUACACAGCCCUCGCGGCCUCGAUCUCGUCAAGCGCGAAGGCGGCCCAAUUCGACAGAUCUUCUCGAUGAUGGGUGACUCCUUUGCUGCUGGUGUUGGCGCAGGGAAGCAGUGGGAACAGCAAGAGACAUCGGAUGUCUGCAAGAGAGGCGAUUGGAGUGUCGGUGGCCAGUUAUGGGCCGAACCGAAGUGGUGGUCCGGAGAUCAGAAGCAGAUACAGUUCAUAGCAUGCUCAGGUGCUAGGAUCAAAGCCAUGCACAAGGAUGAGCCGAAGUCGAACGGCCAUGACCCGCAAGAUAAAGAAUUCGCAGUCGCCCAAAACGACGCUGCUGUCAUAUGGGCUGGCGGCAACGACGCUGGAUUCUUCAAAGUACUGGACGGCUGCGUCUACUACUUCUUCGGCCCGUUUGCCUCGGACUGCGCGACGGCCAUCAAGAACGCGCUGGAAACGAUCCACAAGCCGGAGUUCAAGGACCUUUUCCUGCAAACGUACUCCGAGAUCAUGGACGCUGCACAUCCACAGGUGGACACUUUCACGCUCUACGUUCUGAUGUACCCGUGGUUCUUCAACGCGGAAACGGAUGACUGUGACGACUCCCAGUUUUGCUUUUGGAACUCUUACUGUGGAGAGAAAAUGACGAAGGAGAGACGAAGGAGUAUCAACGACCUGACGAAUGAAGUGAACACCGUGAUUCGGCAGGCCGCUACUGAGAUAUCGGACAAGUUUAAGGGGACCAACAAAAUCAUCAAAAUCAUCGACACGAACCCAGCCUUCCAAGACAAUCGGUUCUGCGAAAAGGGAUCAAAGGAGCCUAACCCCAAUAAUCCGCAUAACUACUUCUUCCAGCUGUACGACAAGGACGUAGCCCCAGAUGGAACUCUCUACGACAACCUUCCCAGCUGGCCAAAUGCAACCGCCGCGGUGGGUGCGGCUUCACUGCCCGACGCAGCCGACUGCGAGAACAAAAUCAACAGCGAUGCUGACAUGGACUUCGGAGAGCAUGCUGCAUGCCGCAUCUCGGUUGUGCUAGCGAAGAAUCCGGCCCUCACUUUGGAUGACAGCCGCUAUCCAGAAGCAAAAAGUUCAGACUACGCGGCGGCUGCAUACGGCCGUAUUUUCCAUCCCAAGUCCAAGGGUCACGCAGGCGUCAAGGACCUCAUCAUGGCGGCAAUUGCUGACAAGACGCCGCCACCACCACCCCCGCCGCCAUUUGACAACUUCAAUUGUUUGGGUGGUUCGAAGUGA